UUUCAGAAUGGCCGAGUUGUUCCGGUCAGCGUUCAGUUAUUUGUCGCAAACGGCACCGGUGAAUGUUAUUGGUAAAUUGGAUCAUCCCCUUGUGGGUACAAAUGUUGAGAUUGAUGGAUUGAGACUCAAAAUCCGUUCUCUAAUCGCUGAAGGCGGUUAUGCAUUAGUGUUUUCGGCUCAAGACACGCAAGGUAAUUGGUUUGCUCUAAAGCGACAGCUAGCCGCAGAUUGUGAAGCUGCUAAAGCAGUGCUUAAAGAAAUUCGUUUUUUGCGAGAAUUAACUGGUCUUCAAUCCAUUUUACACUUUGUGCAGGCAGCUCAACUAAGUCCACAAGAAAGUGGACAUGGCCGAGCCGAAUUUCUUCUUUUGACUGAACUUUGUCCAGGAAGCGUAAUCGAGCUCAUUCAAAAGGGUCCAUUGUCGAUUGGACAGGUAACGAAGAUUUUUUAUGCAGCCUGCAACGCCAUUAAACAAAUGCAUGCAAGAAAGCCAUCCAUAACGCAUAGAGAUGUGAAGAUUGAAAAUUUGCUUUUUGAUGCACAUGGAUAUGUGAAACUAUGCGACUUUGGAAGUGCAACAACAGAAAUCGUAACACCAGACGAAACGUGGUCCGCUUUACAACGGGCACAGCUGGAAGAGGAGUUAGCGCGGCACACGACUCCAAUGUACAGAGCACCGGAAUCACUGGAUAUGUAUUCGAAUUUCCCAGUGGGUCCAGCCCAAGAUGUUUGGGCUCUUGGAUGUGUGCUGUAUUAUCUUUGCUACAGAAAGCAUCCGUUUGAGGACAGUGCCAAACUUCGUAUCAUUAAUGCGAAAUAUUCACUUCCCGAUGUCGAAACUGAAUAUGCCGCGUUGAAUCCACUCAUUCAAACAACAUUGCGAGUAGAUCCACGAGAGCGUCCAAACAUGGUGGAUUUGUGUGAACGCGUUGAAGCGCUUGCUGCGGCAUUAAGUGUAGAUCUUUCGAAACCUGUUGAAAACCUGGAACUUCCUGAGUUAGCAGCAUUCUUUUCUCCAAAUCAGUUACAAGCCGAAUCAUCUGCAAAUGAACGUGGAAGAUCAUCAAAGUCAAAUAUAUCAAAGCAGUCACCUUCAACGCCGCGAAAAAUUGAUUACAUUAAUGCUGAUAAACUAAAGGAGCAGACAGCGCAACAAGCUUCCGCUGUUCUUGGUGCUAUUAAGGGGCAGAGCAUCUCCUGGUUCAAAAAUAUCAAAGACAAAACGGCCGCCGUUGCUCAAACAGUACAAUCGACUUAUGGUAGUCGAGGUCCAGAUGUAACAUUUGUUACAUCGCGUCUUGCAAUAGCGCCAUUUGCCGAUUGCAUACCUGAAACAUUAGUUGCACAAGCUGAGGAAACAAUGCGGGCUCAUAUUUUGGACCAGGCUCGAGGACAGUUUGCAAUUUAUAAUUUAUCAAAUCGGCAUUUACGGUGUGAUUACGGUCGUCUAGUAGAAACUCCUUUGCCAGCUACUGGAAGUGGUUUAACACCUACGGUGAACUUUUUAUUGAAUCUGUGCAGGAAUAUGGUGUUAUUCUUGAAGCAGAAAGAAACAAAUUUCAUUCUGAUUACUGGUCCUGAAGUUCAAUGCUUACUGGUAGCAGCGACUCUAUUAUUAUACGCCCGACUUGUUCCAAGGCCACUGGCAGCACUAGAAUUAAUCUGUUCCAAAAGACAACCACCAAAUCUUCCACCAUCUUACCAUCGUCAGCUUGAUAUAAUAAAAACAGUUGUUUCUAUGGACUCGUCUGAUUUAUGUGCAGUGGUUCACAAUAGGCGAGUAGUACUUCAGUCAUUACUGAUCUCACCGGUGCCACUGUUUAAUCGAAUUCGAAGCGGUUGUCGACCAUUUGCUGAUGUUUACGCUGGUGGUACGAAAGUAUGGUCUACCUACAAAAACUAUGAAGAAUUGAAGUCUUUCGAAGUUCCGGAUUCAUUUUUAGUAGAUCUGCCAUUGGGAGAUAUUCCAGUUGGUGAUGAUGUUCAGGUAGUUGUUUAUCAUGCACGAUUGAUGAAGAUGCAGAAUCGUAUGCAGCAGCAUUUGAUGUUUUCAUUGACCUUUCAUGCUAAUUUUAUUGAUCCAAAUACCCACAUGUUAGAAUUCAGUCUUGGUGAUCUUGAUCGUCAAUCUGAUGAUUCAAGAUUUGGAGUGUCGCUGAGGGUUGGUUUGCAGUUGAAAAUUGAUGAACACGAUAGAGGAUUUAGUGCACGAGACCCACCAGCAAUUCUUACUUAUGAGCCAAAAGUCAUAUCAAAAAUGUUAUUGGUAUCUGAACCUGACGAAUUUGAUGCAAUUGUGCGACAUCUUGGUCUUCGCGGCCACAAGUUGUUAAGUCAACAAAAUCAGUCGAAAAGACCACUUCCCUCACAGGAAUACGUCAUGGAACAACAUAAGGUGGCAGGUGAAGGAGUGAAGUUGGCCAGUCAAACCACUCCGUCUCAUUCUCAGGAUUGUUUCUUCUCGACAUUAGAAUGGCUGAAUAACACUGACAGUUCACAUGGUACUUCUCAAGAUAUCACGGAAUCUGUUCAAAUUAACUCUCAGCAGUGUGGCUUCAGGCAGUCAUCGGAAAAUUAUACCCGUUCAAGUUCGUCGUUACUUGAGCGAAAAGAAGGUGCCGAUUUGCAUGAAUAUGUGUGCAGCAUGCGUAUUGAUGCUGCCGAAGAGAAAAUUGAUAAUGAUCAAUAUAAAGUCGAUUGUGAAGGACAGUCUGAAUUUGUUGAGAAAAGCGCAUCGGAGAUUUUAACCACUGAAAAAGAUGCCGAUUUGCUUGGAUUAGGGACUGAUUUUGAUACUUUGUAUUCGCCUAGUCGUGUGCAGUUGGUGAAUGGUGUAAAUGAUGGUACCUUAUCGUUAACAAGUGUUUCCACACAUAACGCCCGAAAUACAUCUACAUGCAUACCAGAUAAUGCUUCUUCCAACCUUAACGUUCAUUUUGGAGAUAAUGAUUUUUAUGGGGAUGAAAUACAACGUGAUGUUUGUGCACCAAUUUUUCCCACUGUAGAUGCUAUGGCUUCAACAUCAGAAAUGAAAAGUGAUCCAUUUUCUGAAUUUUUAGCAUGCGCAAAGGAUAAUACAAUUCCACCACUGAAAAAUAGUUCAGCAGAGACAAGUAAAGCUCCAUCGAUUAAUCAGCAACAACCGAAUUACAGUCGAGCAAAAUUUGACUCAUUCAGUUCUAUUGGAGGUGGCAAGCCAAAGAAUUUAGAGAACGCUUUUGAUGAUCUUCUCACUUCGCAAGGCUUUCAAACGUCUACAAAAACUAUAAAAUCUUUAGAUGAAAUGAAGCAGCAGGAAGGAAUUAAGGAGCUAGAUCCUGUUAAAGUUAAAGUGAAAGAGUGGACGAAGGGAAAGGAAAGAAACAUUAGGGCCUUGCUAGGAUCGAUGAAUAAUAUCUUGUGGCCAAACGCUGAGAAUUGGGUUCAGCCAAGUAUUGGGGAUUUGCUAACUGCACAACAAAUAAAGAAGUAUUACCAUAAAGCGUGCUUGGUAAUACAUCCGGAUAAGCAGGUUGGCACUGAGAAUGAAAGGUUAGCCCGUGCCAUAUUUACGGAAUUGAAUGAUGCAUGGACAGCUUACGAGAAUGGUGGUUCACCAUCCAUUCGGUUUCAAAUUUAG